AUGAAAUUUUCAGAAUCAUUACAAAUUGAUAUUUCUCAAUUGAAAAAUAACAAUUCUUUUGAACUAAAAAAUUCUGAUGAUAGUUAUGAAAAAAAUGAUAAUAUUAAAAUGGAAUCUUCAGAAUUCUUACAAAUUAAUACUUUACAAUUAAAAAUUGAUAAUAAUAAUUUUCCUGAACAAGAUAAUUCUGAUGAUUCUUAUGAAAAAAAUGAUAAUACGAUUAGUAGGAAUUCUUCAGAAUCACUACAAAUUGAUAUUUUUCAAUCGAAUACUAAUAAAGAUGACCAGGAUAGCAAUUCUAAAGGCAAAGAAAAAAUUUAGUCCAAUUAUAACCAUUUGCUAUUUUAGUUAUUAAAUUUUUCAUAUUUUAUAUUUUUGUCGCCAUUAUAGUUUAAUAUUUCAAUUAUCAUAAUCUUCAGUUGAAAGGUAACAUUUUAAAUUUUAUUAAAAUGCGGUCUUGUUUUUGCUUUUCAAUAAUUAGUGAAUUACAAUUUUU